UAUGGGGAAAUUAAUUGGGGAUGGAUUUAUCUGUGACACGCGGGAAAGGGCGCUGUAAAUUAUUUAGAGAUUUACUUAGCUCGCUAGCUUUUCAUUGCACCAAAAGCAGAUUUGCGGGCCUCGAAGCAUGAAAGCCCAGAAACGCAAAUCGAGCACCCCAGAACCACAGCCCAUGAGUUCUAAAGCCUUAAAGAGGGAUGAGACAACCUGUGCCCCCCAGAUCUCCAAUGGUGGUCCACUCUGCACUCUCUGUUAACAGACAUAUCUCCAUUUCCACCCCUGCUAAGGGAAAGGGCUUUGGGAUGACGGUCCCAGAUGGGGCUGUCACAAAGGAGACACUCUCCCAGGUUCAAGCAGAGGACCAUUGCUUCAUGUACGGAGGGAUGAGAAAAGGAAGGGAUAAUGGAAAAGAGAGAGGGUUGACAAGUAACACAGUGUGUGUUGCUGAGAUAUGAAGGGAUAUGGGAGUUUGUGUGCAAGGGCAUUUAAUUGGUUUUACAUUCUUCAGUGGUGGGAAUGUGAUCAUCUCCUAUCUCAUUGUUAAAUCUUCGUUUUGUGUCUGCUGCAGGCCAGCAUAAGAAUGAGGAUGUUUGUCAGCUAUAUCCCAGCCCCUCCGAGGCAGAAGAGGAGGAAUUAGCUGUAAACCUGCAGUUAUUUUCUCUGCACCAUGGCAUUUUUUUUUUUACAUUUGCAUGAAAUUAGUUAUUAAAUUGCUAAAUCUUCUCUUCGUCCCAUGACGAAAUAUGUAGAAUUGCAGCAAACUUGCUUUCCAAACCCCUUGGCAAAAUGUGUGGAAUUGCAGGAAAUUAGCUCUCUCCACUGUCAAGAGGGGGCCCGUUAAAAGGUUUUACUCCCAACAAUUUCACGUAGGGCCCCCAAAAGUCAUUUUUUCUACAAAUACGGUCCUCUUGUUGACUUUGUGCUGGUUGGUGGGCCAAAUUGGCCAUCUAUCGUAUGUGUUAUGAACAACUGCAGGAUACGUGACUGCAGCCACUCAUGCGUUUGAGCCUAUCCAUCUAUGACAUUCUAGGAAUUACUUGAAAUUACGUACACACGCACACCAAGUCCUCCCUUCGGGACAGAGCAGCAGAGGGGUGCUGUAUCUGCUUGGGUAGGGAGGCAGAGAAAUGCUCUGGUGUUUUCUCUUCCUCAGAAGUGUCAGGAGGUGGACAGAACUCACAGUAGAGCUACAAUCCACACUAACACACAGGACUCACAGUAGAGCUACAAUCCACACUAACACACAGAACUCACAGUAGAGCUACAAUCCACACUAACACACAGGACUCACAUUGGAGCUACAGCAACUCACACUUACUAACAGAAGACACACACUGCUAACAAACUCACUUUGUGUCUCACACACACUCCCAGUGCACCAGGUGUUCAGUAGCUGGUUGGCACAUGUGCCCACUUUGAUGUUUGAACUGUGACGUCUGUUGAGAGAUCUCUGUGUGUGCGACGUGCCGUUUUCAGGCCACGUCUCUGAACUGACAGGAGCAGAGAGAGCUUUACUUCCUUCCAGCAACUGUCCACGCACGCGCACACACGUUUGCGUCACUGUGUCCUGGUCCUGGCUGUAAUGGGUGUGUCUAAAUGUUACCGAGGCAGUAUGAUGUGGGGAGAGACAGACAGGUUUUUCCACACUAUGGAGUCAGGGCACUAUGACAGUGCUACCAGUAAUGACUCAGCAACAUUAGGGAAAGUAGAGGAGGAUAAGAGGUGGGUAAAGAGGGUUAAGUCUCCACUGUGAUUUCAGUCUACACAAACGGAGCUACGCUUUCGUCACGUUCCAAAAGUUAAGUGCACAAAAGUACAUAUAGCUACGCAAAGAACCUCGGUCAGAUCCCAUUGCGUAGACUAGAGCAUUUUAAGAAGAAUAUUGCAUAAUCCAAACAUACUGAACAAACAUAAAAACGCAACAUGUGAAGUGUUGGUCCCAUGUUUCAUGAGCUGAAAUAAAACAUCCCAGAAAUGUUCCAUAUGCACAAAAGUUAUUUCUCAAUUUUCUGCACAAAUUUGUUUACAUCCCUGUUAGUGAACAUUUCUCCUUUGCCAACAUAAUCCAUCCACCUGAUCGGUGUGGCAUUUCAAGAAGCUGAUUAAAUAGCAUGAUCAUUACACAGGUGCAUCUUGUGCUGGGGACAAUAAAAGGCCACUCUAAAAUUCUCCGUUUUGCCCCACAAUUCAAUGCCACAGAUGUCUCAAGUUUUGAAGGGGCGUGCAAUUGGCAUGUUAAUUUCUCUACCAUAAGCUGCCUCCAACGUUGUUUUAGAGAAUUUGGCAGUACGAUCAACCUGCCUCACAACCGCAGACUACGUCUAAUCAUGCCAGCCCAGGACCUCAACAUCUGGCUUCUUCACCUGCAGGAUCGUCUGAGACCAGCCAUUUGUACAACUGAUGAAACUGAGGAGUAUUUCUGUCUAAUAAAGCCAUUUUGUGGGGGACAAUGUAUUCUGAUUGGCCUGGCCUGGCUCCCCAGUGGGUGGGCCUAUUCUCACCCAUGGCUGUUCCCCUGCCAAGUCAUGUGAAAUCCAUAGAUUAGGGCAGAAUUAAUUUAUUUAAAUGUACUGAUUUCCUUCUAUGAACUGUAACUCAGUAAAAUGUUGAGUUUUUAUAUUUUUGUUCAGGAUAAUUCCAGUCAAGUCUCUUCAGUCUCAUCUCCCACAUGGGCCACAUAUACUGAUAUUUUUGGGGAUAACGUCUGCUAAAUGACCGUAUUCAAAUGCCAGUCAGUGUCCAGAGGUUUGGGAUGGAGAUAAGCCUGAAAGCAAGACGGUUUGCAGUGAUGAGGAUCGAAGGGAGGAAUCCUCCCUACAAGGCUACUCUUAAAUUGUUAUUGAGAUGUGGUGUGCUUUCAGGCGCCACAUGUCUGUCUUAGAUUCAUCCAAUGGGUACUUCAUUUUGGUAGUAGUGAAGGCGUAGCUAGCUAGCUACACCUAACGUUACUACGGAGUCCAUGAACUGCAGUAGCUGAGCUCAAAACUUAAUCUGAUCCCUACUAAGGAGAAGCCACACAGACGGGAGGGACAGUGAGACACCUUGAUGACUCAGUGCUGCCUGCCUGCCAUAUUUUCUUGCUCUCCCCUUACAAUCAUCUUCCUCUGAUGACCACUCAAGCCAUGAACUUUCCCCACCCUCUCAGGACCUUCCAUCUCAUGAAUGACGUUUUCCUAAAUUGCUUGUCUUUUUUUUAUGCUUUAAAGCACUCCGAUGAUUAAUGCAAUAAAGUGCUAUAAAAAUGGAAUGUAUUAUGUCAUCAAUAUGAUUAUUAUUCCCCUUCCUGCCCUCUGACCUCUGCAGGUUUCAGGAGCCACUGGCUAACAUGCUGACAGAGGCAGCAUACUGUGAGGGAGCAGAUGGAGGUUCUGCAGCAGCGGAGAGCUCUCCAGGAGACUCCUGGCCGUUCCACCCCCAUCGUCACAGUAUCACCCCCCAUGGUGCUGCCCCGCGCUCGACCACGCCCAGAAACUCCAGCUGUGGAAGCAAGUCCAACAGCACAUACAGCUGCUGACCCAGGUGAACCUGCUGUGCAGCCCUGUGGAGGCCCUGCACCACAAGGCCCACCACCAAACAAUACCUGGUGAGUUACUGAGGCUCGCUCUAUAUAUAUAUAUAUACCCUGAUCAAGUCCUAGUCUCUGUGUGCCUUCCACCCAGGAGAAGCUCCAGGCGUUUACCCAGCAUGAGGAGGUGAUCAGGUCAGUCCGGGACCCAGACUUCAGCAGCAUUUUCAGGGCCUGAAACCUCCACGGGGCACUGUCUCUGGUCCAGGAGCAGGAGAGCUCUGUCUCGCCAUCCGCUCUUUCUCCAACCCCCCCUGCCAGGCCUCAAACACGCUCUAACAAUGAGCUCCUGCCCCACUGCAGCCUGGACCCCGCACUGCACCCUCCGCGCACCAAGAACAACUUCUACACACGCGGAGAGGACAGAAGAGCAAGGAGCUCCUUCAUGGGAGGGUCCUGAGGAAGGCUCACUCUCCAUCCCUGAGGAGAAGGAAGAGGAGGAUGACAAAAUUGAGGAUGACGAGGAGGAUAAGGAUGGGGGGAGAGAACACAGCCCCUCGCCGAAGAGGAGUACGGGGAUGGAGAAGGCUCGGGGGUGUCUGAUGGCCCCCCAACACCCUUUAGUGGGGAGAUGGAGAACCCCCUGCAGCCUUGUCCCAACCCCUCUUCUGAUCCCUGUGUGUGCCAAAAACAUCUCCCUCACUGCCAGUGGGGAGAAGGUCAUACUCUGGACGAGGGAGGCUGACCAUGUCAUUCUAACCACCUGUCAGCAGCAAGGUGCCAAUCAGAGUACUUUCCAGGCAAUUUCCACCCAACUUGGCGAUAAAACACUCAAUGAGGUGGUGUCUCGGCGGUUUCGGGACCUGUUGAGCCUGUUCCGCACCGCUGCCUACCAGGUCAACUUAGAGGACGAAACUAUGGCCACUGAACAGCAGACAGUCACAGACAAGGAGCAGGACAGAACCAACCCAAAAAGGACAGAACCAAGUUCAGACACUUCAAAGGAGAGGAGCAAGAGAGGAUAUUUGUGACUGCAGUAUAUUCAUACCAUAUAUAAACUAUUCCAGAAACCAGUUCAAGGCUAGUGAAAUCUGGAGGCAACUUUGAGGGCAUAUGAACACUUAAUAAACUCAUAUCAGAAUCACCUGAGCGGAAGCAACACCAGCAGCUCGAAAGAUGGCAGCUUUUCAAGUUUACCAUAACCAAUUUUAAACAGUGAGCACUGUGUAACUGUACAUCACUAAUUUAUUGAAAUAAAUACACCCUUUGUCUUAUCAGUCAAAUGCACUACUGAGGGACUAGGGUACACAGUCUCUUAGUGUGGCAAAGGUUAAGUUAGAGGUCGACCGAUUAAUCGGAAUGGCCAAUUAAUUAGGACUGAUUUCAAGUUUUCAUAACAAUUGGAAAUCGGUAUUUUUGGGCGCCGAUUUUUCAUAUAUUUAUAUACCUUUAUUUAACUAGGCAAGUCAGUUAAGAACACAUUCUUAUUUUCAAUGACGGCCUAGGAACGGUGGGUUAACUGCCUCGUUCAGGGGCAGAACGACAGAUUUUCACCUUGUCAGCUCGGGGGAUCCAAUCUCGAUGGUGGCUGUUGUUUGUUGUGUUGCUGGUUCGAGCCCAGGGAGGAGCGAGGAGAGGGACGGAAGCUAUACUGUUACACUGGCAAUACUAAAGUGCCUAUAAGAACAUUCAAUAGUCAAAGGUUAAUGAAAUACAAAUGGUAUAGAGGGAAAUAGUCCUAUAAUUCCUAUAAUAACUACAAGCUAAUACUUCUUACCUGGUAAUAUUGAAGACUCAUGUUAAAAGGAACCACCAGCUUUCACAUGUUCUCAUGUUCUGAGCAAGGAACUGAAACGUCAGCUUUCUUACAUAGCACAUAUUGCACUUUUACUUUCUUCUCCAACACUUUGUCUUUGCAUUAUUUAAACCAAAUUGAACAUGUUUCAUUAUUUGAGGCUAAAUUGAUUUUAUUGAUGUAUUAUAUUAAGUUAAAAUAAGUGUUCAUUCAGUAUUGUUGUAAUUGUCAUUGUUACAAAUACAUUUUUUAAAAUCCGAUUAAUCGGUAUUGGCUUUUUUGGUCCUCCAAUAAUCGGUAUCGGUAUCAGUGUUGAAAAAUGUUUUGUAUACUUUUUUUUCCAGUUCUCCGAGUUGUGCAUGUAUGGCACAAUAUGGGAAAUAUGAACGGUAAUAAUACCUGUACAAGAGUUGUAUUUUAUACAAAAUAAACGUAAUUUAUCCGUU